GAAAAUUUAAUUUUCAUUCACGAAUUUUUGUUUUAUGAAUUAAAUAUUUCGUAUUGCCUUUCAUACUUUUUUUGUAUAUAAAUAUGUUUAUAUACACAUUUAUCAAGCUUCAUGUUUGUAUAGUCCGGACACUUUUGCAAGUUAUAGUAUAGAAAAAGAAAACGAGAGUUUACAUGCACAACCCACACACGAAUUUUGUUCGUUUUCAUUUAGAAGCAUUUUAAUUGUGGAAUUACAAAGAAGAAUCAAAAUCAAGCACAACAGUGUCAUAUAGGUUUUCCUUCUAUGCUCUGUAGAUCUAAUUAAAAACUGGAGUUCUGGAUAUUUAAAAGCAUGUAAUUAGAAAGAAAUUAAUUUAUUUUUUGAAAAAACCUAGUGUCAAUUGGAAUGAACAAUUAUGUAGAUGGUCAAAUUGUUCACACAAUUAAAUAAAAUUGAUCAAAUGUUUUAUAUAUAUAUAUAUAUAUAUAUAUAUAUAUAUAUAUAUAUAUAUAUAUAUAUAUAUAUAUAUUAUAUAACUUUCUUCCGUACCCUUUUAUCUUCAUAACUUUUCUUCUUACUGAUUUACCUAAACAUGCAUGCCAGAACAUGUCUGCUUCACAAUAGUUUAUAAACACAUUCUCAUCUUCAUAUUCUUCCGAUGUACAUAUUGUUUCUUUUUCUACUCUCUUUCUCAUUCUCAUGUUUAUCUACAAUUGUGCUAUAAAAUAAAAAUGAAUAGCAAGUGAGCUGUUGUAAAGCAUACAAAAUAAAAGAAAAAAAUGACGGAGUAAUUAAUAAGUUUGUUAAUGACAAAAAUUAUUAUUAUUAUUAUUAUUAUCAAAAAUAAAAGUAAAAAAUUAAAAAUGUGUUUGAAACAAGAACAUUAAAGUUGCAUUAAAGCAGAACUUGUGAUCAUUAAAGAUAAACUGUUUGAUUAUCUUUUGCUUUGAAUCAGAACUUUUAGAAAAUAAAAAGUUGUUAUUAAUUAAUGAAUGAAUCCAUAAAACACUUUAUUCGUUAAAUUCCUCACCUAAAUUUGAGAAAUAAAGUACAGUUUUAAUAAUAAUAACGUAUUAAUAUUUUAACAUAACAAAAUAAAUAUUUAAUGCAAAGAAAGAAAAGUGAAAAGUGUGUAGCUUUUAAGCUAAAUGAUGCAUACGUUUUUUUCUGUGAAUGUGGUUGUGUGGUUUGAAACAUAAAUGAAAAAGAAUGCAUGUAACAGCACAUUCAACGAAUUUAGAAUCUGUACCUCGAACAACAAAUCAACAACAAUCAUUAACCACAUUGGAAUCACAUGCUUCAGAUCCUAGUACUAAUUCAAAUAUAAACAGUAGAGAUAAUAAUAAAAAGACAACACUGACAGGUGGAAAUAAUCAAGAACAGCAGCAUGGAAAUUUGGAUGAAGAGAUACCAGCUUCGGUAAUAAGUAGUGUUGGGACUACAAAUUAUCAAAAGUUUAUGACAAAUUUGAAAAACGUAAAUGAGGCUUCAGCAAAUAAUAAUUCAGUAAAACUAGAUGAGAAUGUUAAUAAUUCUAAAACAAUGAUACAACAAACUAUUAAUGUGCAGGCUCCUCGUCUACAUCCCAAAAAGAGGAAAUUUGAUUUGUCAGAAUUAGAGGAUGAUAAUUUAUCCGCGACAACAUCGAAUAUCAUGACAACAGUAUAUAAUAAUCCUGUAUCGUUAUCGUCGCCACCAGAGAAAAUAUCUCUUGUUUAUCAAACUUCAAACGAACCUAACGUCAAUCAACAAACUUUUGCAUCAUAUAAUAAUCCACAACACAGUAUUGUAACACAAGUUGCGGGUAAUAAUACGGGAGAAAUGCAACAAAUAAUGAAACGACAGUUGUCAAGCUAUAGUCCAACAACAUCAAAUCACAUGAAAGCAAUAGUGACAUCUAAUCAAAUUGUGACAUCAUGCCAGCCGCCGUCAUUCGAACAACCCCAGGAAUCAUUGGUAGAUCUCAAAGAAUGGUGCAAUCAAAGAGUUUUGGCUAAGAGAAAAGACUAUUAUGUGCAAGGCGUGACUCGUCGAACAAAUUUAUCUAAUAGUGUACUUGUAGAAUUAGAUUUUCCAGAGGGUCAACAGCAAUUAUAUCAGGAUAUUUUUGGCAGUGGAAAGUUCGAUGUAAUUGGUGAUGCUCCACCAUGCUUGAAUGAGAUUUAUAUUGGGCGUCGUGUUUGUGUCCGUUCUCUGAUGAGUGAUCUCCCAACACACGUUUUUAUUGAAGGUCAAAUUGUGGAUAUUAUAAAUGUACCAACAAAACAAUUUGCUGUAUUAACGAACAAUGGUGACAAACGGAUUGUUAAGAGAGCAGAGUUACGUCUUGUUGUACCGCCAUGGAAUGAAGAAUUGUCAGAACAGUCGGAAUCUUCAAUUGUAAAAGUUGCACAAAUGGGUAGUAUUGUAAAAGGAGAACCUCAGACUCAACGUGUCAUAUUAAUAAAUAAACCAAUGGAACACCUAAACGAACAUCCUUGUGGAGCACCAAAUAUAAUUUUUAGCAGUAAUCGUCAAGAACCUAUUGGUUUAUUUAAGACUAGCCAUAAUACAGCUACCAGAACUUAUCUGCAAAGGCAUGAUACACAAAAUUCUAUCCAAUUACAACAGGUUGUACCAGCACAUCAUCAAUCACAAUCUCACGAAGAAUAUUAUAGAACAGCUGCAACAUCUCCAUUUCAGUCAUCGUCUCAGACGCAAGAAUCAACGAAUGUAUUAAGCACUGAUAUUCAGCCUGGAAUGAUGUCAAUUGUUGCUGCUAGUCCUCUUAACGAUGAUUCGUAUCGAAGACAUUCUUCAACUCGACAAUACGAUGAUUUUGAGAGUGACGACGAUUUAAGACGCGAAGAUAUUACUUUUCCCAAUGAUGAGGAAAAGUAUUCUGGAAGUAGUAAAAGAAGCAGCAUGCAAAGUAGAGGUAGUACUUCAAGCCUUAUUGAACAUGGAAGCUUAACACCUCGAUCUCAACCUGCAACUCCACGAUCUCAAGCGGCAACACCGCAUCGUUUUAAAAAAGGAGAUGUAGUGUCUACACCAAAUGGAAUUAGGAAAAAAUUUAAUGGUAAGCAGUGGCGUAGAUUAUGUUCGAACGAAACAUGUACUAAAGAAUCCCAGCGACGUGGAUUUUGUUCACGACACUUGAGUCAGAAAGGCAAUGCUUUGCGCUCAUCAGCUGGCCCAAAUCAUUUUUCAGCGAGUCGUUCAAGUAGUAAAACACAAGGUGAUGAAGACACUAGCCGUGACUCAGAAACUUCCCCAAAUUAUCGCGUUACAGGGAAAUUUGAUCAAGAUGAAACAGAUGUUGCAAAUAUGUUAGUGUCUUUGAGCAGUUCACGAUCUGCAACUCCUGCAUUUUCAUCACCGACAGCACAAGGUUCAUCGCCAAGUGUUCCAAAUCAAUCUCCAGUAACAACCGUUGGUAAUAGGCAAAAUGUUUUCAUGCCUAUUCCUGCAGCCGAUAUGACAACGCACAAUGAGAACUCAAAAUAUAAAAAUAAUGCAUCCAGUCCAGUUCCCUAUAACAUGCCACACACACAAGUCAUACGCCCAGAAUUGGUCAGACCAUCACAACAUCAUCAUAUGUCUAAUAUUCAGCAAUGCCCAUCUAAUUUACCACAGCAAACACACAAUCCGAAUCCUGUCACUGUUGCCACACAACAACAGCCAACAACUCAACAUAGUACUAUUGGGCACGCAACUAGUGUCAUUCGAAUUUCUCCAGCUUCGGCAAACCAGUUUCAACCAUUCCACCCUGUUAUUGUUGAUCCAACACAUUUAGUACCGUUACUUCCUCCAUCAACAACUUCAAUGGCCGUUUCUCUGAAUGCUCUGAAUACUGGUACAGGUGGAAACUCUCAAACACCUAAUUUAAAUCAGUUAGAAUUAAAAACAGUGACAAAAAACGGAAUUAACACGGGUUCAGUUUAUCAAUGGCACAGUCUGUUGCCCGUAAUUAAUGCACCACCGCAUAAUACAACAGACAGUCAUCAUAAUGUUCAACAUGGAAACGAUCCAUCUUGUGGAUCAACUGCUAUCACAAACAGCAAUAAUGAUGAAGGUGACAUAAGCGGAGAUGAUGACGAUGUCUUUGAAGAACCCGUGCCACCAAAAAAUUGUCAACAUUCAUCCAGUAAUGGAACUGAUGAAUAUCAACAACGAUCAGUAAUAUUUCAAAGUGGAAUAGGUGGUGCAGAUGACAUAAAUUCAGGACAAUUUGGUCAUUCUGAUAAGUUACAAGAUAUUGAUUCAAUCUCUUUAAACAAUGGGAGUAAUGCAAAAAAAGGAAGAUCACAAUCCUUAAGCGCUAUACAAGCUGGAAAAGAACCUUCAAGUCCAAGUAGCAAAAAAGAUCCGCGUAUAAGGAGACCUAUGAAUGCUUUUAUGAUUUUUUCGAAGCGUCAUCGAGCUAUGGUCCAUCAACAGCACCCGAAUCAAGAUAAUCGAACUGUGAGUAAAAUUUUAGGGGAAUGGUGGUAUGCUCUUAAAUCUGAUGAGAAGACAAAGUAUCAUGAGCUCGCAAGCGAAGUAAAGGAGGCACAUUUCAAAGCUCACCCUGAAUGGAAAUGGUGUUCUAAAGAUAGACGAAAAUCCUCUAGCUCUACAAAGGACUCUCGAAGUCGAAUAGAUUCUCUAGAUGGUGUUGAUUCUGACGAAAAAAGCCCAAAAACACCAGCUGAGCACUUAAAUCAACCCCAUCAAAUGUCAGAUUCCGUAAUUCCACUCACAAUUAACAAUUAUGAGAUAGGUAACAAUGAAACAGGAAAGGAGAACAUCGGAAAUAAACAAGCUAUCGAAGAAUUUUCAUCAGACAUGCAUCAUCCCCAACAACAACAACAACAACAACAACAACAGGAAGGAAUAGAAAUCGACCUUAAGUGUGGUGAAAAGGUAACAGAUUCUGACGUUGAAUCAAAUACUGACGAAAAGGGGACAUAUCAAAAAGACAGUAUGACAAGGAAGCCUAAACCCAUUAACCCGCUGCAUCAAAGUGAAAGCAGUGCUUUAUACUCACCUAUGUCCAUAUUUCCUUACAAUAGCCCCAAAAAUCCAGUUGGAGUUUUACCUUUUCAUCCAACAGGAGGAGCUUUUAAAACCAUGCCUCAAAGUCCGAAAACAUGUGGAUAUGUUCAGACCACACCAACAAUUAAAGCAGAAAUGGAAGCAAAAUGUAUAUCAGCAAACAGCACAAACGCUAACAAUAACAAUACAAUUUUUAACUUUCCAUCUGUAAAGUUGGCAAAAACGCUAACGAAGGACGAGAGUGCAAUCGGUAGAAACAUUAGUGACUUUAGUUCGGUAGGAAAUGGUAGCAACUUAAACGUGUCAGCAUUGAAGCAUCACGAAGCAUCAACAACAGCAUCGUCCAUGUCAUCCGGAAAAAUGGGAAAUCAACAGUCAAUUAUGCUUUCAAUUAAUUCUAAUGAGCAGGAUGAAUUCAUUGUGUAUCCAAAAUUAUCAACCGAAGUUUUAGCCAAUCCAAAUGUUAAACAACAAACAAUGCAACACCCUGCAUAUGCGUUUAAUAACUCAAAAAUACCAACUGUUUUUGUACAGCAAUCUUUUGAGUCAUCUAUUAAUCAUCAAAGUGGAAUGAAAAUUAAAGAAGAACCAGAAUCACCUAGAACAAAUUUACCAGCAACACCUAAAUCAAAUGAAGCACAAAACGAUACAGAUAUAGGAGAAAAUAAUGAAGGAAGCGAGAGUUAUGAAUCAAUAGAAAAUAAAAAGUUUGUGUUGGCACCAACACCAGCACAGCUAGGAAAGGCUCCACUACAAAGACGGCAAAAUCAAUCUAUAAAUUCUUCAAAUACAUCUAUAUCUGAAUUGACAUAUAUCGAAACACUAACUUCUACCAGUGCGAGUUCAAUGAAUGCAGUACCAUCAGCACUUCCAACUCCAACAUCUGCACCUCCUUAUGAAGAUCAGCUUCAAACAUCACCAACGUUUAAAAUUAAAUCAUCAUACAAGAAAAUAAAAAUUGAUGAUAGUGUCCUUCGUCAAGUCGAUUUUGAAAAUAAAUUUAAAAUUUUACCACAAUUUAAACCAGAAGAUUGUCAAUCUCCAAGCGCAAUAUCAGUUCCAUCUUCACCACGAGUAUUUACACAGAGUUAUCGUAAAAAGCAGCAGAUAAUGUUAAAUAAAAGCAUGACUCAAACAGAUGAAGAGCAAUCGGAUCUUGGAAGUGCCAUGUCUUCAGCUACACCUUCAGCUGCAUCGUUUUUAAUGGGUAAUCGAUUUUUUGGACCUGAUUUCAAUAUUGAUCAGUUGAGAUAUUGUGUAAACGCUGUGUUGGCUGCAGAAGAUAACUCGGAUCGCUCCCCGAGAACCCCGAAAACUCCAUCUCAAAGAUCAGAUACAAAUGAAAAGGGACACAGAAAAGUUUUAGAAGAACGGAGAAGACUUGUAAUGGAGCUAUUUCAACAACAUGGAAUGUUUCCAUCAUCCCAAGCUACAAAUAGUUUUCAGCUUGAACAUAGUAACAUAUUUCCAAAUAAACAAAGUCUUCAACUCAAAAUCCGAGAAGUUCGUCAAAAAUAUAUGGCUCAACCUGGAAUGACUCAACAACAACCUUAUACACCCAACGAAAAUUUACAAGUAUCCGAUCAAACUGCAAUCGUAACUGCUGCUCAGUGAUACACUCUUUUAGGGAAAUUUUUAAAACACUCUUUACGACAUCCAAAUUAAAAAAAAUGACAAAAAAAUACAUAUUUUCAAUGUUCAUAACUUUCUUAUCAAAAUAGUCUUCGUAGUGAAAUUAAUAAAUAAUUUUGAAUAUAAAUAAUAACACAAAAUUUCAACCAGUGUAGUUUAAAAGCAAAAUUUUAGGAUAAAAAUCUAAUUUUUCCAGGAUUUUUCUUUAUUUCUUGAUCAAUAGAAAACGUAUUAGAAAUUUAUGUUUUAUACUCACACCGUAUUUUUCUAGUGAUAUUGAAAACUUUUGAUUAAAUCAAAUCAUAAAAAUAUUGUGUUUUAUCAUAAACAAAAAGGUAUAAAAAUUAAUUUAAAAUAUAAGGAUAUGUAUAAAAAAAAGAGAAAACAUGUUUCAUAAUUUUUUUUAACAAGACAAAAAAUUUUAUGCUUUUGUAGGAUUUAAAUCCUUUUCAAUUAUUCUUAAGUAAAUCCAACAAUUUAUUAAUAAGUCAUUUCAUUUAUACUACUUCUAUAAAAAUAGUAAUGGACUUUAAAACUCUUUGUUAAAGAUGUAGAAGAAGCAAGCGAUAAAUUAGUUUAAAAAGAAAAUAGAAAUAUCUUCUGAUGUUUAGUUUAAAAGGUGUAGUUUUGCUAUCUAUCAACUGUAUAAUUUAAUAAUUAAUGAAAUUUAAAAGAAAACCAAUUUAAAAUAUGUAAAACUGAACGAUUAAUCGUACAAUAUUUAAUAUUUUUUAUAAAAAUAUAUUUUCGGACAAAACAGAUCAAUAAAGCCUUAACGUAAUGAAAAUGCAAAACAAAAUUGUAAACAAAUCAAGCUGAAAAUUUAUAUAAAUUCAAUGUGAUUUGAAAGAAUGCAAAUGAAAUAAUUUAAAAUGUAAAUUUUGGCGUAAAAAGAUUUUUAGGCGAUUUUUGAAAGAUGAUGAAAAUAAUUUUAUUUUAAAUGUUAAGGCUUUUCAAUCAAAUAAAUUAUUUCUAUAGUUUUCGUAUUUUUCUUCAAAAUAAUAAAAUAAUACAAAAGAAAGUAUAAAAAAAUCAAAUUAUUAAAAACCAUGACAAGAAUUUAUUAAGAAUAAUUCCUUGUGAAAAUUUAUUAUCUACAUUAUUAGCUGAUUCUCUCGAAUGAUAAGAGGCCAUCCAUUUAAUACUUAAUUCAAUAGCCAAAAUUUCUCAAAAAAAGAACAAAAUUAAUGGAUAGGUGAAAUUUCAACAAAUAAAUGAUAAUUAUAAUUGAGCGCAAACUUCUCAAGUUGAUAAAAAAUGAAGAUUCAAGUACGACAUGUUUUUUUUUCGUUUUUUUAUCUAUUUAUUGAAGAAUGAUGAAAUAAUAAUAUUAAUAAAUGAUGAAAAAAAUAAAUUCAGUAUUUAAAAAAAUCAACCUUUUAAAUAAUGUUUUUCAAAAAAUUCAGAUUUGAUUUUUUAUGUAAUCACCCUAUACCAAGAAUUUAGGGGGGAGGGGUAUUUUUUAUGUUUUUUCAUAAAUACCCUAGCAAAAUAAAGAAAUUUGUUAUUACCUUUUGCUUUAUUAAAAAUGAUUUCACAACUCUUUAUCUUCAAGAGAUUCUGAUAACAAUGAAUAACAAGAAAUAAGGAAUAAGCUUAAUUGUACUUUUUUUUACCAAUUUAUAAAUUUAUAAUUAAAUACUAUGAUUUGUCGUCUUUAGGUUUUUUGUUUUAACCGCUAUUCAUCCAUGUUAGAAGCAACUUUAAUUGUGAUAAAUGUACUUUGUGUUAUAACCACAUUAUUACACUUUGUUUUAUAUAUUAAAAUUUUUUUAAUUCUUUUCUUGAAAGAUUUGUGGUAGAUUAUUAAUCUUAUGUUUUUUCAUUGGUUUAAAUAUGUUCCAAUUAAACGAUUGUUUUCUUUGUAUACUUGUAUACGAGAGAGUAUUAUUGUAUUCCUCACAAUACACAAAUUAUGGUGCCAAUAACAAUUUUCCUUUCCUAAAAUUCAUUUUAAAUCAAGUACCUUUUUUUUAAAACUGUUUAUAUUAUAUUUUAUAAUAUUAUUAUUGUUUUGUCAUUUUGUCUAAAAGCAGAAAACUUUUAAUAAUAUUAAAGUAUUCACAUGGCAAACAAUUUUUGAAGAAAAAUUUUUUUUCAGCAAAUAUGUAAAAUAAAGGAUGGAAGAAUCUUAAGUAAUUGGAUAUUUUUUAAUUUUCUAAGUGUUAAAAAUGUUUUACAAAAUGUAGAAAAUAUGAAACAUUGUAUUGGAUGAGUUAAAAAAUAGUUACAUUCGCAAUUAAUAAUUAGAUGCAAAUAAACUUAAUUAAUAAAUUCUUCAUCCAUUAUUAUAUAAAAUCACGUGAAUAAUUAAAUUGAUCUAGAAAAAACUAAAAUAUGAUUGAAAGAAUCAUCAAAAUGACAUUUAUGUUAGAAGAAGAAAAAAAAAUAAUUACAAUAAACUGAUU